AGUUGGCAGUCUUGCGCCAUCUUGUAGCACUUAUUUUCUUUCUGUCUGCGGACUUCUCUACGUUUAGCGAAAAAUCGUGGUGUUAUGUCAUUUGCAUGUAUGAAGUGUAUGAAAUUAACUUCGUGAUAUCUUAGCGAGGGGAGGAGCCCAACAGCUGCCAUGGAAGAAGCGGUUUGUGAAGAGUAUGAAGCGUCACUUUCUGACCUGACUUUCAACAGUAAACCUCUCAUUAAUAUGCUAACGAUGCUGGCUGAAGACAACGCUUCAUAUGCCGAACAAGUUGUUAAAGUCAUCGAAGCACAUUUGCUAAAGGUUCCAGCACAGCACAAGUUGCCCUGUUUGUACCUGAUUGACUCCAUCCUCAAGAACGUGAAGAAAUCCAACUAUGUAGAACUCUUCCAGCAAAAUAUGGUAUCUACAUUUGUGUCUGUCUUUGAAAAGGUGAAUGAGGAGACAAGGGGGUGUAUGUACAAGCUACGACAGACGUGGGCCAGCAUCUUCAGUAACAAGAAGCUAUACGCGAUCGACUAUCGCGUGAAUCAGAUCGACCCAGCAUGGCCGAUCACCGCCCCGCCGCCGACAAAGGCCAGCAUUCAUGUUAAUCCCAAGUUCAUCAACAAGACGGGCACGAGCGUGAGAGGCGAUGGAACAAUGUCGUCCGGACCAGCACCGAUGAUUACGCCGCCGCGCACGCCCCCUAGUGAACCAGAUGAGGCACUCACACUGCAGCAGCAGCUGAUCAGCAAGCAGGCUGAACUCUUGAAGCUGCAGCAGCAGCAGCUGGAGAUGGAACUCGCAGCGACAAAAUCCAAGCUGGAUGUGCAGGCACGCCGGCAGCAGCUGCUCAUAGAACAGGAGGUGAAGAAGCGAGCGCCGGCGGCAGCGGCAGCGGCAGCGGCAGCGGCAGCGGCGUCAUCGGCAGCAGUUAAACCUGUGGCGUCCAUGUCGGCGGCAGGGAAUGGGCGUGAGCGCAUGCCCGUGCUACAGACUAUCGCAGUGGCAUUUGGCGGGGAUGGAGACGGGGGUCUGCCGUCGACGGACCCGCGGUUGCGCGGCUCACGCAUCCAGGAUCCGCGGCUGGUCGCGCGCGUCAGCGUGGGCGCGGCGGCUGCUAGCAGUGUGUCCAUCUCUGACAGCAUCGCGCGUCUGCAGGAGAGCAUCAUGAGCGGCAGUCUGUCGACGCCGCAGCCCGACGAACACAAGCCAUCGGUCAAGACAAAGCAGGAGCAGCCUGCGGCAAAGCAAGAGCCAACAGCAAGGCAGGAGCUGCAGCAGCCUGCGACGAAGCAGGAACAGCAGCCUGCGGCAAAGCCGGAGCCAACGACUAGGCAAGAGCUUAAAGUGCGCAACCUAGAGACGCACAAAGACAAUUCCGCGCUGAGUAGGACCAGCCUGAUGAGCUUGUUAAAGAGCACAGCAGCAAAGGGAGCCACAACAAAGUCGGACAAUGCGAAGCCAGCGUCCAGUGGGGAAGGACGGAGGGCGGAAUCGGGCAAGCACGUGAAUUCCAGGCGCACAGAGUCACCAAAAAGAAUUGCGUCGGUGGCACGGCGCGCGGAGUUGCCAGCAAAACAGCUGUCUCUGGAGAAGACCGAGCUGCGGAAGCCACCGCCCACGACAGCAGCUGCGGAGGCGAGAAGGAAAGGUGCCGGCGAGGCAUCGAAGAGAUCUGAGAAGGGGGCAUCGUCGACAAGCACGCUCAAGCACGGUGCUCGGACGGAGUCGCCGAAACGCACGCGUCACGUCGCCUCGCCGCUCAAUGCACGCAAGCGCGAAGACAGCAAGAAGAAGCCACAGAAGACAGGGGGCACGCCGCCGGAAAAAGCCGCGGGCGCCCCGCCGCCGCCGAACGACGGGAAACGGCGCGAGAAGUUGCGGGACGCGGGGCGCGGUCAACAGAAGGAUGCGCGCCGUCGCAACUAUCGCACGAGUCGCGACCGCUACAGCGAGAGUCCUGAGCUGAAGCUGCAGCUGCCGCACCGCACCUACUCGAAGCAUUGCUCCCCGCACGGCUCAUCGCGCUCACCACGCAGCACGGGAUCCUCCGCGCACAGCCCCUCGCGGUCGGCAUCCCGCGAGCUAGAGACUACUGAGCCGUCGCAGCCGAGCGGCGCGCUAGAACGCUCUCACCGCAAGCGUCGCGGUCGCCACGAGAAAGGCAGGUGGAGAGAGGAGGCGGCGGCGGCGGAGAGGGUGAGGAGGAGGAAGCCUGAUGCAGAGGAGGCACUGUCUAACAUCAGUGACAUCAGCAGCGAGGAGAUGAACGAGGAGGAGGAGGAGGAGGUUGAGGCGGGGGAGCCGCCGGAGAAGAGGCCGCGAGACGAGAUGGACGAGGUCAUCGACGACAGGUUGUCGAGCCGUGACGACUUGGACAUGAGGAGACCACAGCGCGGUGGCUACUACGCGAAGCGUGGCUCACCACUGCGCAGUCCCAGCCAUGUCAGCUGGAAGAAAUACAAGGCCGCUCACCCGAUCAGGGACUUCAAGAUCCCGAUGAAGAAGCGGCGGGCUGCGGCCGGGGUGGCAGCGCCCGGCGAGCCCGCCGUCGAUGAAAAUGCCCGCGACGUCGAUAUGAGAGACAGUGGCGCCCCCGGCGUCGGCGAGAAGCGGCGACCAGGGAAGCCAUGUGGUGCCAGCGGCGACGUCCCGGUGGCAAGGCCGCCGCUACGUGAGUUCCGGCCGGCGGACCCGCGCGGGACGUCGCGGCGCGGACACUACGGCACACGCGUCUCCAUCGAGCAGGACCUCCAGAUCCCUAAGGCUCUCCACCUUGCCCACCAGGGGGCGAUCAUGGAGCAGGCGGAGUCGCAGUUGCGCUCGGGCAAGCUGAGCGAGGACCAGCACCGGGAGCUGCUGAAACAGCUCGACGAGCUGUACAAGCUGCAGCGGCGCCACCUGCAGAUGGGUGGCGGGCCGCGGGAGGUCGCGACCUACAGUACGACGCCGGUGAAGCCGCGCGUCAUCGAUCACGCUCACGGCACCAUGCGCGAGAAGGGCCCUGCGCUGCUGCCGACGCCGCCCAUGCCGCCGCGGCUGCCCCCCGCGCCCGCCGGCCCAGCCGCCGCCCCCCCGCACGACUACCGCGGGGAGCGACGACCCCCCCGCCUUCUCCCGGACCCCUCCGCCCCCGCCGUGUUCCGCGGGUGGGCGGACGAGCCGGCGUUUCGCCCGAAAUACGAGCCGCAAGGCCGGCAUGAGCCGCCGCCGCCGCGAGCGGGGUUCCGCUACGAGCAGCCGGGCGGGCCGCGGUUUGACGCGCAGUUCCCGCAGCGACCCGAGCAGCAUGGCCGGCGCGGCGCCGCGCAGCCAUCUUCCAGCCGGCGCUACGCCGCCGUGCGCGAGAUGUACCUCGACAAUGAGCUGCGGGAAAAUCCGCUUCUUCGGUCCCGUCGGCGUUCGUUUCUCGUCGGCGACGUCCGCGCGAGUGCGGUGCUUGAGGCGCGCCGCGACCCGUCUUCAUCGACGGCCGCCGCGAUCGAGCUGCGCUUCGUGCUACGCGCGACGUUGACCUCGGACGGGCAGCCCCACCGCCUGCGUUUUCGCGGCCCGACGCGGCGAGCUGCUCGUCGACGGCUACCCGUUGAGCUGCGAUUCGCGGGAUGCCGUUCGUCGCCGUCAUCAACGUGCACGACACGAGAGUGCGGCGCUCGCGGCCCGGCGCCCGAGAUCGUGCUCGGGGAGCGUCCCGAGUUGCGAGACGCGAUAGAGAGGACAUGCGGAUGCGGCCGUCGCGCGCCAGCCACCGAUGCCGCCCGCGUCGGCGCGUACCCGCCCGCGAGCGCCGGGCGUCGCGAGGGUGCCCUGCAGGCCGCCCUGCAAUGUCGCCGCGCCCGACGUCAAGAGGAUGCACGGCGGAGCGAGGAUGACCGAGUCGUCGGCCGUCGUGGCGUACGCCGCCGCCCGUCGUCGUCGUCGCGACCCCAGGUGGGCUUCAGCAGCGCGCAGAGCGUCGGUCACCCAGCGUCGUCGCAGCCCCACGUCGUUUGGCGUCGCCGUGACGACGACUGCGGCGUCGAAGGAUGCGUGUGCGACGAUGGUCACGUCGGUCGAUGUGGAUCUACGUGA